UCAUCUGUGAACUUCAUUUUUGACCUUUUCUUAGAAAAUAUAUUUUUCGAUUAUUUUAAUUAAAAAAAUAUUUAGAUACAAUUAAAACAAGAUAAAGAAAAUAAGUUAACAUAACAUUUUUAAAGAAAAAGAAAACUAGAGAUGGAUAUAAAUCAUAAAUUGGAAGAAUUGGCUCUGAGCUUGCAUCGAAUAGAUGCGAUAAAAUUUGGUGACUUCAUGACUAAAAGUGGGAUAAAAACACCUGUUUACUUCGAUCUGAGGGUUAUUGUCAGCUACCCGAACGUUAUGGAAUUGAUAUCCAACUUACUUUAUGAUUACGCGAUCAAAGACAGUAAAUACGACCAUGUUUGUGGCGUGCCAUAUACGGCAUUACCUAUCGCUACACUAUUGAGUGUUAAAACCAAGAAAUCUAUGUUGAUGCGACGUAAAGAAACCAAGUCAUACGGAACUAAGAAAGCGAUAGAAGGACAUUAUAAGCAAGGAGAGAUGUGCCUUAUUAUUGAAGAUGUUAUAACCUCUGGUUCCAGUGUUAUGGAGACGGUUACUGACUUGAAAAAAGAGGGUUUAAAUGUUGAAAAUGCAGUUAUAAUAUUGGAUAGGGAACAGGGUGGAAGGCAGAAUCUAGAAGGAAAUAAAGUACAGAUUAAAUCAUUGUUUACUAUGACUGAAUUGAUCAACAUACUUGUUAAGAAUAAUAAAAUAAGUAAACAGAUGGGAGCUGAUGUAGUCAAUUAUUUGAAGAAUGUUCAAGCACCUGCAGUGGUUCCUGAGGUAGACAGAGUAUCUCUUCCCUAUGAAGAAAGAGCACAGUUAACAUCCAACUUGAUAGCAAAACAACUCUUCACCAUCAUGGCUACAAAGAAAACAAACCUAUGCAUAUCUGUAGAUCUUACUUCAUCAACUAAAAUACUGGAUCUACUACAGAAAGUCGGUGAACAUGUAUGUUUAGUCAAAACACACAUUGACAUUAUAGAAGAUUAUACUGACAACUUUACAGUUCAACUAAAACAAUUGGCACAGAAGUUUAACUUCCUAAUAUUAGAAGAUAGAAAGUAUGCAGAUAUCGGCAAUACAGUGGCGUUGCAAUAUUCAAAAGGGUUGUAUAAAGUCGGAGACUGGGCUGAUUGUGUGACGGUACAUUCUUUGCCUGGUGAAGGGAUAUUGAAAGCUCUAAGUGGUUCUGCAAAAGAUGUUCAUAAAGGAGUCUUUCUGUUGGCUGAAAUGAGCAGUGAGGGAAACCUUAUCACCCCAGAUUACACUGAAGCAACAGUCAAAAUGGCAGCCAAAUACCCAGAAUUGAUAACAGGAUUUGUUUGCCAAAAGAAAACCACAUUCAAGGAUCCUGGCGUAAUCCAACUAACACCAGGUGUUCAACUGGAAAGUUCAAAAGAUGAACUUGGUCAAGUAUAUAAUACCCCAGAAAAAGUGGUGCUAGAAAAUGGUGCUGAUGUCAUAGUAGUAGGAAGGGGUAUUGUAGCGGCCAAGAACCCAGAGCUUCAAGCUGUUGUUUAUAAAGAUACUCUGUGGAAGUGUUAUAUAAAAAGAAUUUCAGGCAAAAUGGAAUGAAGAAAAAUUAAUAUGGUUCAUAUUUUGUAUAAUAAUUCACAUUAUUUUUGAUUAAGAUUCUAUGUAGUAUUAAGAGAUUGAACAAUAGUUGCUUUUUGGAGGUGUUUUAUAUAUAUAGUUUCAGAAGUUUUAUCAAAUGUAAAGCGCAAAAUAGUUAAACAAAAAAUUAAACAAAAGGGUGCUAAAUACUGUUUCCACUGUUUGCUAGAGAAAUAUUAUUAUCUUGUACAUUGAUAUAACAUUUAUACAUUCCUGUUUUACUGUAAUAGUAAUUAAAAGUAGUUUAUUUUUAUAUUUA